AACCCGGGUCAAUGAUAACGGAGCAUGCGCAGGAUAAAGGCCGCUAAAAUUAAUGUGAGGUAGUUAUAAAUAUAUCUGGAUUAAUUUACCCAGGUGAGUGUAGAGCGAGUUUUAGUCACAAAUGCCUUCACUUAUUAAUGCAUUUGCAGGAAAUAGUUUUGUAAAAGUCCUCCGUAGUGGUUGGUAAUUAUCGCUGAUUUGUCUCACUGCUCCACAGGCGACGCGGCCUUCUCAUCCUCGGUCUGUAUUUGAGCUCUUGACCGAUCAGAGCGUCGUAACUCCUGUACUAGGGCUGCGCUUCUGGACUGCGCACUGUGGUGUUGAUAUAUGACUCUUCCGGAUGAGAUAACUAGAAUAUAAUAAAUAACCGUUCCUUUGCUUGGUCUCUAAGGCUAAUAAAUAAGUAUUGUUUUGCUGUUUGUAAUUUGAACGUAAGUGGCUAGCUGGUUAGCUUCUAAAUCGGACCUCUGACAUCUUCAGUGCUGUUUGUUUUUGUACGUGGAGUGAGUUUGAGAGAUGGAAGCUCCACCGGUCACUGUCAUGCCAGUUACAGGCGGAACACUUAACAUGAUGGAGUACCUAUUACAAGGCAGUGUACUGGACCAGUCCUUGGACAGUCUACUCCAUCGGCUUAGAGGUUUAUGUGAUAAUAUUGAGCCAGAAAGUUUUGCAGAUCAUGAACUUGUCUACCUUCUGAAAGGUCAGCAGGGAAAUCCAUUCAUCCUGCGAGCCCGAAGGUCACUUGCUCACCCUACUGCUCCCUGGCAUCUGCGUUACCUUGGACAGCCUGAGGUGGGUGACAAGAGUCGCCAUGCCUUGGUACGGAACUGUGUGGAUGUUGCAGCCUCCCAUAGUUUGCCUGACUUCCUCAAUGAGAUGGGCUUCCGAAUGGAUCACGAGUUUGUUGCUAAAGGGCACAUUUUCCGCAAAGGGGUCCUCAAGGUGGUUGUGAGCAAACUGUCUCGAGUGCUUGUACCAGGCAACACAGACAACACUGAACCACUCUCUCUGUCCUAUCUAGUGGAACUUAGUGUAUUAGCACCAGCUGGACAGGACAAUGUAUCUGAGGACAUGCGUAGCUUCGCAGAACAGCUUAAGCCACUGGUCCAAUUGGAGAAAAUUGAUCCCAAAAGGCUGAUGUAGGUGCCAGAAGCCAUUCUGACUCAACUUGAAGUGGCAGCUUUGAGUUAUUUGGAAGAAACUGACCUAUCCAAAAUAUCAUAUCUUGUAAAAGAUUGCUUUCUAUUGAUGAAAGCUAUGCAGUCUUUUGUAUCAGUGUGCAAUUUAGCAUUGCCAGUAGAUUGACAGCAAGAGAGUGUAAAUGUUAUUUUCAGAAUAAAAAAAAAUGUUUCAUGUUA